AUCGAUGAUUUUGACGUUUCGAUUAGUGCGAACGAAAAACAAAACAUUUUUCGCGACAAACUGUGCUAAGUUUUGCGUAAUUUUUCACAUUUUUCGAGAAAAUUUGACUGUAAAAGCAAUUGUAACAAAAGUUAAGCAAAGUUGAUUAACAAUGGGUUCAAACGCGCAAGAAGAAUUGGAACUGUUGGAGCGUGUCCUGCUGCGGCUCGGCUGUGCCGACACGGACGAACAGCUGCAAAACACGGUGACCAAGUUCCUGACGCCGGUGCUGAUCAAGAUCACUUCGCCCUCGGAGGCGGUCCGCAAGAAGGUGAUGGAAAUCCUGACGCACAUCAACAAGCGGCUCAAGUCGCGCAACCAGAUCCAGCUGCCGUUGGGCCCGCUGCUACAGCACUACCAGCAGUCCAGUUCGACGUUUUUGAUCAACUUUGCCAUCAUAUACGUGACGAUGGGCUUUCCUCGAUUGACGGUGGAGGAGCAAUCAGAAAUGGCUCCGCAACUGAUGAACUGUUUGGAGGGCAAACCGGAACCACAUCAGGAUAAAAUUUUGAUGCUUGUCCUUCCGUUGCUGGGUGAGAUCAAAAUUCCGGAAAAUCCGGAAAAUCGUUCGGAACUGUUGGGACUGUCGGGGAAGCCCCACACCAAGCAGCAGCUGUUGUCCAUUCUGAUGGAUGUUCUGCUGUUGCCGUACGGAACUACCCAGGACGGGGAAGUGCCGCCAGGAAUGAGCACUUACACGUUCAAGCGAGUUACGACUGAACAACUGAAGGCAGAAGAACUUGAACAGCUGAAAAAGGGAAUCGUGCGGUUCUUAUGUGGCGGAAUUUUCCCCGAGACUGAGACGUUGGCCCACUUGAUAGUGGCCUCGGCUGAUACGAGAUUUUCAGUUGCCACCCCUGCCAUUGUGGAGUUGAACAAGAUUUGCUCGUCGUUGGACUGGACAGAUCCGAAACUGUCGGCCCCGCUGUACACAUUGUUUUCGGGAAAUGGUUCCAAAAUACCGGACCGGAAAACAAGUCCUGUGAGCACUCGUGUUCGACAGAAGUUGUUUCAACAUUUGCUCAAGUGUCGUGGCAAUGGAAUCAUCACCGCGAAAGGAAUUCAGGUGAUUUUUGAAGCGUUGUUCGGAGACAAUACCAAUCAAAAGUGCAAGGUUCUAGCGCUACAGUUUGCUGACAAGUUGAUCACUAACGGCCAACCUGAUCUAAUCAACAAGUUGUCCAAAGUUCUGUUGACGGGCAUCUCGAAGCUGAUCGGCACAACAUCUGAAGAGGCAAACGAAGUGCAAAAUGCGGCGUACAAUGCCAUGGCGCAAUUGGCCAUCGUGUGCCCGACAACGGUCAAUCAGGAUGUCCAACUGGUGGCUUCCUACUUCGAUCAUCUCUCGCAAGCCCCUGUUGAGUUACAUUCGUCGAUUAGGGAAGCACUUGUGGCUUUGGCACAAGCGUUUGACUGGCGGAAGCAACCCAAAGGUGUGGCCGGCGAAACGGAACUGCCCAAGGGAGAAAAAGACCACGUCAUAACGGCCAAUGGCAGAUUUAUUCCCAACUCAAAUCAAAUACUCCUAUUGGGAUUGUUAGGUGAGAAGGCAGAAUCCAAAUUGACGAUUGUUCAAAACGUGGCUUCUGUAUUCUUGAUGACGUGCUUUCCGGAUUAUUACGUUCCCUCGAGAUAUUUGCUUCUUAUUAUCUGCGGUGGAAGUGCCCAACUGCGUGAAAUGAUGACGACCUAUUUGUAUGGAGUCUCCAAAAAAGAUCACAUUAACUACGGUUCGAUAAUCUCGGUAGACGACUACGAAGAAGACUGUUUGGAAAAUGAGCCCAAAAAUCCGUUUUCCGCGACAAAUGAACCCAAAAAGAUUGUUUUACCCGGCUUCCGAGAUAUGGUCGAAUACGUCGCGUUGAAGUCCGAACGUAAGAUUGCCACCAUCAUGGAUCGUCCUGGGUACGGGAAGAUUAAACUUCCGUACCAUUUUGAUACCUACAUAGAAGUGUUGGAUUACCUUAGGAUCUGUCUUUUGUUCAACGCUGGAGUCAAUACCCAUCCGAAUGACGACAAAGAAUUGAUCAAACUCACAGGUUUUCUCAAACAAUUUGUCGUUGAUUCAUCCAAUACCGCAGUUCUCCUCAAAUACAAUGAUCUGAUCCGCAGACUGAUAAUCGUCCGCAAAGGCAUCACCGAACUAACAUGCCUCUACGAUCUGGUCAACGGAGUUCCAGAGGUUCUCGGCUCGGAAAACAAGGAUCUUCUUCCAACUCUCAGCUCAUCACUCAAAGAAAUAUCUGAGCCCACCCGAGCUCUGAUCGCUAAAGUCUACGGAAUCUUGUUAGCCUAUAAUAGUGACGAACCAGAGCUGGAAUCUCAAAUCAAAGACCUACUUGCUCUAACUAAUAAGUCGCUAGAAAACCGCCACGGAUCAGUUCUUGCCGCGUCCAACGCUAUCCACCGUAAACUCCUUCUCACCCCAGACCUCCAAAACUGGCAGGUAUACAAAGACCUUGUCUCGCUCCUGAUCACCCUCCUGAACGAUCAACAGUCGCUCCUCCAGUCCGCCUCCAUCAAAAGUCUCAGCCUCAUUGGAUCCACCUCCAAGCUCCCCCUCGCUCCAACACCUCCGGCAGACAAAAUGGACUCCGAUGCAGAUACUCCCACCAAAACCUCCCUCUUCAAAUCACUCAUGACGCUCCUCCAGAGCGGCCACACCAAGGCAAAAAUCCGCGAAGACGUCGCCCACUGCCUGGGCUACCUCGCCGUUGGCGAUCCGGACUUUUUCGCAAAACGUCUCCUGGAGGAGCUGCUCGGACUGCUCAAAAUGACCAAAGACCCCGCGCUGCAUAUCGCCAUGGGACAGGCACUGGUCUAUACCCUGCAGGGUCUAUCCAACGGUGAUCGCCAGGCCGAUCAGGACACGCAAGGAAACGUGAGCGACGAAACGCUGACGUGGUUCCUAAUCGAAUUGGUUCGGAAGGUUAAUGAGCCGCAUGCCUACCUGAAGCAGGCGUGUGCCAUUUGGUUGCUAGCGAUCGUCAAGAACUGCACCAAGCGGAAGCCAAUCGUGGAGAAUCGGCAGAUUCUGCAGCUGGCUAUGACCGAUUUGUUGUCCGAGGAUAAUGAACUGGUUCAGGAUGUGGCAUCCCGCGGGUUGGGCAUAGUAUUCACACUGUCCAGCAAUGACGGUCAGGAGGAAUUGUCAAGUUUGCUGCUCGAUCAGUUGAUCGGUGGUAGACGCCAAGUGCAGAAAGUUACCGAAGAUACUAAGCUGUUCGAGGAAGGUGUCCUGGGCAAGGCACCGACUGGGGGCAACCUGACAACCUACAAGGAGCUGUGCAGCCUGGCCUCGGAUUUGAACCAACCGGAGAUGAUCUACCAGUUCAUGCAGUUGGCAAACCACAACGCCACCUGGAACAGCAAGCUGGGGGCGGCCUUCGGCCUGCAGUCGAUCUCCAAAACGGCCAAAUUGAAAAUGGAACCCUAUCUGGGCAAGAUUGUCCCGCGGCUGUUCCGUUACAAGUACGACCCGACGCCGAAGAUCCAGAACUCGAUGAUCAGCAUCUGGGACUCGGUAGUCAGCGAUUCGAAGGCCACUGUAGAGGCAUACUAUUGGGACAUUUUGGACGACGUUAGCAAGAACUUGACGUCGGCCGAGUGGCGGACUCGUAUCGCGUGUUGCCUCGCGGUGAGAGACCUGAUCAAGCGAAAUGCCGGGUUGAAACUGAGAUCGGAUGAUGUGAAGAAGAAUGGCGGAGAGGAGAUGGACGUGGACGAAAAGAGCGUGCCUGAGCCGGAGUUGGCGUUUUUGUGGAGUCAGUUGUUCAGAGUUAUGGAUGAUAUUCAUGAAGGAACGAGAAUAGCGGCAGAGGGAACCGCUGGCGCGUUAAGUAAAGUCUGUGUUGUGGCUGCUUCUAGUGAUCAUAGCAAAUCGGGACUGAAUGUGGCCAGUUCGAUUAUUCCGUUGUUUCUGGAAACCGGAGUUACGAAUACAGUGGCUGAGAUUCGGAAGCUAAGCAUCAAGACCCUGUCAGAUUUGAUCGAUUCGGCUGGAUCGUUGAUUUUGCCGCAUUUGAUCAGUUUGGUGCCGUGCUUGUUGCAAGCCACUGGGGAGCUGGAUUCCGCAAAGUUGACUUACCUUUCGACGAUGAUGGCCGGUCAGUCGGGGACUCAAGAAGUGGUGGAUUCGAUGAGAGCGGAGGCUGCUAAGCAGCACUACACCAUGGAGACGUUAUCCAAGUGCAUAAGACACAUCGAUUACCCGACGUUGGAGAAGAUGACUCCGGCGGUGCUGGACGUUAUGAAAACUGGUGUCAAUUUGGGAACAAAGGUAGCUUGCGCACAUUUUAUCUGUUUGGUUAGCAUCCAGUUGGGUACGCAAAUGCAACCAUUGACUGGAAAAUACUUGGGAUCGUGUUUCACAGGACUGUCUGAUCGAAACGCAACGGUUCGGAAGUAUUUUGCGUCUGCAAUUGGUCACUUGAUUGGUGCUGCAAAGGAACAAUCAAUCGUUCGGUUAUUUGCAAAACUUCAAGAACUAUACUUCGAACAACAGUCGAACAGAGCGGUACCUCUGACCAUCCAGGCCAUUAACAAGCGCCAUCAGGAGGUAUUGAAGGACUACUCUUCGAACAUUCUUCCGCUGAUGUUCUUCGCCAUGCAUGAAGAAGUCAACGAGGAUAACAAAGCCACGAUAGAGCUGUGGCAGGAGCUUUGGCAUGACAUCAAUACCGGAGAUGCUGGUUUGCGAAUGAACCUGGACGUUAUUCUUCAGAUUCUGGAGAGCAAGCUUAACGAUCCUUCAUGGUUGCUCAAAUCCCAGGCAGGAAAUGCAAUCAACACGCUGGCAACGAAGCUCAACACCAAUUUGGAUGAUUCUGUGCGAUUGAAGCUGAUCGAUCUGAUCUUGACGAAUGUUUCUGGGAGAACAUUCAAAGGAAAAGAAAAACUUCUCCAUGCUCUGGCAAGCCUUUGCAAAAAUCUCAAGAAGGACACCAACCAUUACGUGCAAAUUAUCGACGCUGUCAUGAAGGAAUGUCGCAAGGAAGAGCCUGUCUACAGAACUCACGCCCUCAAGUCUCUCGGCAACAUUUUGGACGAACUUAAAGAGGAUCGCUUCGAGGAAGUCUACAACAUGGUUUGGCAUCUAUUGGACAAGCAAGAUCUUUCGGACGGAGACAAGGACGAAAAGGAUGUCGUAUCGUCCGACGAGAAAAACAAACAGAUGCUGAUUUUUGUCAAUUUGAAGGAAACGGUUUGCGAAACGUUGGGCAAGGCGUGGCCCGAGCAUUCGACUGAGACGCAAAAACGCUACCAAGUGAUGUUCGUUGAGAAGUGCGUCCAAUGUUUGAAGUUGAACACUCGACCGGUGCAGAUGUGUUUGCUGCAAGCGUUGGGUCGGUUUCUCGAGAGGCUGCACCUGUUGCAGAAACCGAAAGACGAUCAGGUGGAAGUGAACCGGGAGAAGAAAGCCAAAGUUGAUUCGGAAGACGGUGAGAUUCUGGAGAACAUAUGCAAAACCGUACUGUCGGCCAUUGUGGAGGUGGCAGGAAUUCCUCACACUGGCCUGAAGAAGGAAGCCCUCAACAUCAUGUUGAUCUUGAUUAACAAGCUCAAAGCGAAAGAGUCAACGGUUAACGGGACUGAAAUAACGAUGGUUCGUCAGACAUUCGAGAAGAUUGUGACGUUGCUGCAGAAAGAUGCUGCACCGGAGGUGAAGUGUAGGCUGAAGGACAUUGAAGAUAAGAUUAAGUAACUUUUUUGAACAACCCGGCGUAAGUAUUGCAACUUUAGACAGAAAGUCUGUAGCACUCCCCUAAGGUGUGCUCUCCAUUACUUAACAUUUGCUCUUCAUUCAUUCAAAUAAAUAUCAAAGAUAGUGUUCUGAAAUGAAGAA